UUAAUUUCAGAUUUAUAGUAUUACUAUUAAAUAAUAUAUUAUAUCAAUAAAAGUGUAAAAAAUGGAAGUAAUAUCAGAUAAAGUUCCAAUGAUGUUAUCCAAUUAUGAAAUGCAUGGAUUAUUGACAACAUAUUCUGCAGAAAUGAAAACAGGGAAACAUAAAACUGGACAAAGAGAUCAAAAUUUAUCAACUAUCACAUAUGAAGUUCUUAAAUAUCUGGAGGGAACACCAUGUAUUAAUCAAAAUGAACAGUGCAUUAAAGAUGCAUGCCUUGCAUUGGCACCAUAUAAUUUGUCAAAAGCAGAAAAACUUCAAAUAAUGAAUUUACGACCUACGACCCCUGUUGAAAUUUCACUAAUUGUGGAAGAAAAUGAAGAAAGAAUUUCUGAAGAACAAAUAGACGAGAUUCUAGAAAUCGUAAAAAAACUUCCUCCCGGUCCCGGAUCUGAGGACAAGGAGAAUGAAGUAGAAGAAAUAGAGGAGGAAGCGGGAAAUGAAUGAUUUCACGUUAAUCAACAGCAUUAGGUGGUUGAUGGAUCUUCCGUCAUGAAAUAUGCUGAUGUUAGACAUUGACUGAAUUGUAAAGGAAGAAGGUAAAGCAUUGUGGUUUCAAAUGCAUAUUUGAUUCACUUGCUUAUUUGUAAUGAAGUUAAUUUAUAGUAGGUUUAUAAAAUUCUAUCAAUAUGGAUUGAGCAGAACUUGGAAUUGGAGAUAAAAAAA